GCUAGACCAUUUGAGCUUUCAGUAGGUGCUAUCAUGUAUCAAAUUAAUGUACCACUGUGUUAUUUUUCGAAAAUUGUGCCUGCACGCAUCCGGGACAAAGUGUGAGCAAGGCAAGACGAUGAGAAACAUUGGAGGCCACAAAGGGACAUCUAACGAGUACUGUCUACAGCUAAAGAUAAAAAAGAUAUGAGCAAGUAGCAAGCAAGGACAUGUCUUUUUAAAUCUCACAUUGCCUCAUUACGUUCGCCACCAACACCUUGCUGUUAUUACUCAAACAUUGCAGGACACCAAUGUAUUGAUGUCAGGUGUGUCAGUUUCAGAACACCAUUGACCAGUGAUUUCUCCUGAAUACAAUGAGUUCCCAGCGUCUUCUCAUUACCAUGAAGCACAUCCUCUUGCUGUCGUGUCUGCAUGUCACAGCUGCCUUCGCUCAAAGAAACAUUUCAUGUGAGAUUCCGGCCGUUGAAGCUAUGGCAGCGACUUCACUAACCUGCACAUUCCCGGAUGACAUCAGUCUGUCAAGACAAGACUUUUCUGUCAUUCAUACGAACAACAAAGGCAAAGCAGUUCUCGACUGCUUAUGGGUACAUGGAAUCCUGGAAUGUUUCAACACUACAGGUUAUACGUUCAAUAACACUGUGACCAAUCAGCUAAUUAUCUGGAUUCCUCAUGCAUUUCCUAACAUGACCGGAGACUACUAUUGUAAGGUGUCUGACAGUACAGGCUACAAUAUUCAACACUGUCAGCUAGAAUUAAAACCAGCAGCCAACAAUGAAGCAAAUAAAACUUCUGAAGUAAAUGCUCAACACGACAGCUCAUCUUUAGCAAUUGGACUUACUACUGGACUAGUUUUAUUAGCUGCGAUAAUCAUUGCAGUUCUUGUCUUUUUAUUUUAUUUGAGAAGAAAAAAGAGCUUAGUGCCUGGAAAAUGGGAGCGGGAUUAUCCUUCUAUGGAAUCAAUGCUCAGACCACAAUUGCUGGACGUAGAGCAAAUCCAAGACGACGAACGAUCUUUACCAACAUUUGAAGAAUAUAUAAAGAGAGAUGUUAAUAAACUAUAUCCUAACAUGACUGAAUCAUAUUAUUUCGUGCCUCCAAUCUACUUUAACAAAACCAGAUAUAAAAAGCAGUCUAUUGCCGGGAAGGACGUUUACGUCCCUGAUCCGACUGACCCACGUGACGUCCAACACGAUGGAGCAAUGCAGCACGUACUGUACUGCUUACGGCACAUGGCAGAACAACAGAAGGAACGCAUGUUUGUCCUAACCCAGUUUAAAUAUGAAGAUUAUUUAGGGAGUCCUGUGCCUGGAUAUGCACAUCAUAGUCUACCGAUGCCUGCUGGUUUGUCAGAAGAGGACAAUACCGUCGAUUGCUUUGACAUUCUUGUCGUCCACCAACGACACGGUGUACUGGUAGGCGUUGUCAAGGCUGUCAACGACAAAGACACACACAAUAAGAAUAAUAAGCAAGAGACAGAGGCAGUUGUCGUAUCGCAAGUUUCUGAAGCACUAAAGCAGCUAGAGAAGGCAGGAAAUAUGAUAAAAUAUCUCAUGUCUGAUGAACAUCUUGAAGUCAAAUAUACCUUGAUAUUGCCCAAUUUGUCAAAAUCAUCACUGGGACAUGCUCUCAAAGUUCCCGCCCUUGUUCAGAAACUGCGGGAUUACCUAAGGGUGGAAGCCAAGGAGGACCCCGUUGAGAUGUGUCUAUGCGCUGAGCAUCUGUCGGAUGUGAAAACGCCAUGGAGUGUGAGUCCUGAUGUACUCCGAAACAUACAACAGCGCUGGGGGUGGACGACCGAGGGUGAAGACAGCAUCACUCGUGAUCAGUAUGUCAGCAUCAUAGCCAGAUUUUUUGGUCCUGCGACUAUUUCCACUCUUCAGGUUCCAAAUGACUUUAUUAAGUUCCAACUGCCGAAGACUCUGGCUGAAGCUGUAAGUUUAACCGGAGAAUUAUACGAGCGUUCUAUGUUAGACCAAGAGCUGAUCAGCCGGUUGGAUGAACACAAAGCCUGUCUCGUUGGGACUCCAAAUACUGGUAAAACAAGGAUGCUAAGUCUUGUUGGAGGAAAAUGGCUGUCUGAGGGUCAUGAUGUUUUUAUUGUUAAAGACACUUCCUUUCAGAUUGACUCGUUUCUUUCAAAUCAUCUAAGCAGCUUGUCAGAAAGAGGGAGCAGUGCUGAGAAGCCGUACGGCAGGGUUUACGAUGAAAGAUGCGAUUUAAAACUAGACGAAUCCAUUACAGCUUGCAUCCAGAAGAUCAUCAAAGACAAAAAAAAUAUGCGGAUAUCCAUUAUUCUUGAUGUUGCACACCUUAAAGGAUCACAUAUCAAGACAUUCUGUACGAACCUGGAAGAAAAGGUUUCAAAGUCAAACCUCUAUCUAUGGGUCAGCUGUACCGGAGAUGAAUGCCCACCAAUAGGUUACUGUGAACUUUUCACUGAAAUUGUCAACUGUCCACCUGCUGUGGUAAGAGAACUGGCAAAGGUAAAAGUAAAGGCUAAAAAAAAGGCAGCAAAACACACAGCAGCUGUCUGUCCUCCCCCUACGGACGGACCGCCAGUCAAAUAUUUUACAUUUGCACCAAAUGACAGUCUCAGAUGUGGACAGGAAGUCGGCAGGUUCCUUGCAGAGGAACUUCUCAUUGGGAGAGCCGGUCACUCUCGAAAUGUAUGCAUGCAAAUGCCGGGGCUUAGCUACAGCGAUGUUCUUAUUUUGUUCGAAAAGGAAGACAAAAACUUUCUAGAAGGUCUGGGGAAGGUGAAUAUCGCCAUACAAGUUGCCGAGGUACAGGAAAACAACGUUGUUUUUGAUCGAAACGAAGACAGCGCGUUGGCCAUGAAUGUUCGUGAAAUGGAGACGUACAGGGAAAAGAGAAAAAUUGUUCUCUACAUUGAAAAUCAUCAAUAUCUGUGGCGUCUUGAUAAAAACAACAAGCAGAGAGCUCUAACAAGCUGUACAUCUCAACUGAUCUUGGUGCACCAAAAUAAAAAGUAGUAUGCCUCCACGUUCACCUUACAUCGCAUAUGUAUGCCACGUCUGAUUUUGUAAAAGAAAUAUCCAACAUUGAUAGUUUCUUUCGUAAAUGUCGUGGCAAUUUCAUUUAAAUAUAGAUAUUUCACAAUUGUAGGGUUGUUACUCCAAAUAAACAAUCCUCAAACUUUUCCUUUAGGUGGAGAAAAGAUCUAAGUGCUAAGCCAUAAAUAGGUUAUUAAUUGAACACCACUUUAUUAGUUGUAAACUAUUUCGCUUGACAAGGUUGUCAGUGACAUAAGUUAUUUUUUGGUUAACUUAUUGACUACUUUUUCAUUCCAACUAUUUUCCUUAGGCUUGGUUUUUAAAUGCUACUUGAUUAACAUUUAUACAUCCAUUUGAAUAAAGUAAGAAAUAAUGCCGUUGGUAUCUAUUUAGUCAUUUCCAAAGAUUAUAAUGAAAUCAGAUAAUCCGUAAAAAUGUAAAAUUAAAAGUGAGUCCAAUUAUUAAAUAUAAACUAUAACCGAUUCUGUUGAGUAUUUUAAAUUAACGAAAAGUCCACAGAUAGAAACUUCGAUUGUAAAACCAGGCAAACACAAAAAAAGCAAACAUUUGGAAUAAGAACGUAAAAAAACUAUUUAAGUUUUUUCCACAUAUUAAUUAAGCUAAAUUCUUUUUUCUAAUUUUUAUAAUGGAAUGUUUUAUGUUUUUACUUUCUGUUAACUCUGUGCUUUGAUUGUCUAAUUCGAAAUCGUCAGUUUACUCCAAACUUCACACAAAGUUUUGUAAAACGUGGUCAAACUUUUUAUCGACAUUCCUAUGGCUAAAAAGGUCGAAGAUCUAACAACAAAAAGCAAUCGUAGUUUAAUGAGUGCGUAGUGUAGGUUUCUUAUAAUAAUGUUUUUGCAGUAGUAAUUUCAAAACAUAUUUUCCCACCAAUGACACAAAUUUUUACAUACAGCUUGCUCUACUUUUGUGUACCUUUUUUUCGAUCGCAACAAGUCAUUAUACUGUAGAAGUCGUUAAUUUUGUUUCUUAGUUUUGGUCUUAACAGCUGUUUGAAAAGUUUCACAAGGAUAUUAUUUCUGCACAUCAAUGUCGUGCAUAUGCAUAUGCUUAAGUGUUCUUCUAAUGUUAUACUUAAUACUGCAGACUUCAGGUACUCGGUUUCUAUGACUUAUGCCUAGCAUUCUUUGAGACGUAUUUGUCUUUGUUGAAAAUUGACAACAUGCGUGUCAAGUCGUACCUGUUAAAGUUUUGUCUAUCAAUUUUCUUCUUGUUCUAUGCUUGAUGACUUGAAUUGCUGUGAAAAUCAUUGUAUAAGGUUUAUAAAUGCAAAUGUCACCACUUAAUAACUUUCAGUAUCAAAUCAUACUUGAACGUAGAAGUAGUUUUACUUGUUUGGUCAGGUUUCUUGUAAUUUAAGUCCUGCUACAACAGCUAAUGUGUUACUUUUAUCCUGCAGGGUUAGUACAACACGUUACUGGACAGCUUUUUAAGUGUGAUUUUUUGCCAUGAAUUGUUAAACUGCUCGAUUGUUUUGCUUGUUUUAUUUUCAAUAACUAUUACUUAAUUAAAGAAUAUGUCUUUGUAUACUGCAUUAGACAAACAAUUAAAUGUGAA